AAAAUAGAAAAAUCUGUGAACCGGAAGUAGCUGAUCCAUGCUUUGAGCAGUCUGACAACAAUAAGUGAAUAGCAGUUGUGUCUGAAUUUUACACUAUCAGCCGUAUGCUGAUACAUUUUUAUUGUACUACAUGAUUGCGAAACUUCAACCAUGGUCAAACCGAAGAACAAAAAUAAGAAAAAUCAAAACGAAGACUCUGAAGACGAAGUUGAUUUAGACCCUUUAGCAGGAAAUACUGAAGCUCAAGAUCCAGCCCCACAAAGUAAACAAGGCGGGAAAAAGAAAAAAAAUAAGAAAAAGGAUGAUUGGGAGGACGAUGUGGCUUCUGAGAUACAGGCUUUAUCACUUCAGACCAAGGGAAACGAAGAGAGUGAGGAGGAAGAUAUACAACCAGUAAAAAAGAAAAAAGAGAAGAAAAAAAAGAAAAAGGCUGACUCAGAUGAAGAAGAGGAAGAAAGCAUGGGAAAAAAACCAAAAGCCACAUUUCAGAUGCUGAUGAUGGAUGAUGAUGACAACGAUCUUCCAUCAGAGAGUGAUCAUGAAGAAGACAUUGAAGUUGUUCUAGAGAAACCUAAAGAGGCACCAAAGAAGGAGGAGACCAGUAAAAAAGACAAAAAAGGGAAGAAAGGAAAGAAGAAGGGACAGGAAGAGGAGGACUUGGAUGCUUUGUUGGCAGAACUGGACAAACCUGCUGAGAAAUCCUCCAAAAAGAAGAAGAAAAAGAAAGGUGGGGAGGAAGAGGAGGCCAUGGAAACUGAGGAUAAAACUGUCGAAAACGGAAACCAAGAAGAGGAAACGGAGGCAAAGUCAGCGGAGGCCAAGGUUGUGUCAAUAGACGAUAUUGAUGAUGAUGAGUAUGACAAAAAGAAGAGGAAGAAGAAGGGAAAAAAAGAGGAGGCAAAGAGUGAGAAGACAGAGGAGGGAGAAGAAAAGCAGGAAGAUGGAGAAGAGAAAGGGGAAGAUGAAGAAGGGGAAGAUGGAGGAACAAUCAAAACUGCUGCUCAGAAACGGAAGGAGAAGAGGGAGCGAGAGAAACUCAAGAAAAUGCAGGAAAAGAAAAAGUCAAAAUCCAAAGGAGAAAGUAAAGAUUCCUCUGAGGCUACCACAGAGUCAAGUCAAGAUAAACAGGAGAAAACUGAAGCUGAAGCAGAGCCUACAGGAGAUGGAGAGGAGGGAGAAAAAGAAGGAGAAAAAGAUGAAAAGAAGAAGAAAAAGAAAGGAGAAAAAGAGGAGAAACAGAAGAAGAAGAAAGCUCCAGUUGCUGCAAUUAAACUAAUGCAACAAAAAUUAAAAGAGGAGGAAGAGAGAUUGAAAAAGGAAGAAGAAGAGAGAAUUCGUCAGGAGGAGGAAGCUAUACGGCUUGCUGAAGAAAAGAAACGAUUGGAAGAAGAGAAAAAGCAAAGAAAGAAGCAAAAAGAGAAAGAGAGGAUAGAAAAAAUGAAAAAGGAAGGAACAUAUUUAACAAAGAAGGAGAAACAAGACAAAGCAAGAGCCCUUCAGAUGUUGGAACAGAUGAAAGCUGCAGGAAUUGAAGUUCCUAGCAAGGAGGAUAUGCCCAAGAAAAGACCUGUGUAUGACACAAAAAAGAAGAAUAAAAAACAGCAGCAAAAGACAGAGGAUGAAGAGAGUUCAGAGAGAAAAUCAGAGAGUGAAGAAAUGACCCCAGAACCAGAGGUCAAAGUUGAGGAGAGAAAAGAAGAAGAAAAGAGUGAAGCCAGGCCUGCAAAGGAAGAAAAGGAAGAUGAUAUUAAAGAUGAUUGGGCUGCCAGUAGCGAAGAGGAGGAAGAUGAAGAAGAAGACGAGGAAGAAACAUCAACAGAAGAUAAAGUUGAGCCCAAGAAAGUACAAGUGACUGUCAAAGACACAAAAGAGAGUAAAAAGCAAGAAAAAGAAGAGGAGGAAGAUGUGGAGGAGGAAGAAGAUGAUGAAGAUGAGGAGGAAGAUGAAGAAGAGGAUGAGGAAGAAGAGUCUGAAAGUGAGGAAGAGUCUGAAAGUGAAGAAGAAGAUUUAACCCCCAUAGAAAGAGCAAGAGCCAGAAUUAUGAAAAGAAAGGAGGAGGCAGAGAAGAGGCGAACCACAGAUGUGCUGAGGGCACCUGUUAUCUGUGUGCUGGGUCACGUAGAUACAGGCAAAACAAAGAUACUGGACAAGCUACGGCGGACUCACGUUCAGGAUGGAGAAGCAGGAGGAAUUACUCAACAGAUUGGUGCUACUAAUGUUCCAGAGAGUGCAAUCCGUGAACAGACCAAGAUGUGUAAAGAUUUCUCUAAAAUAGAAUUAAAACUACCAGGUCUCCUUAUUAUUGACACACCUGGACACGAGUCUUUCAGUAAUCUGCGUUCUCGGGGGUCCUCUCUGUGUGACCUGGCCAUUCUGGUGGUGGAUAUCAUGCAUGGUCUGGAACCACAAACAAUAGAAUCCAUCAAUCUUCUCAAGGAGCGCAAAACACCAUUCAUCAUUGCUCUAAAUAAGAUUGACAGACUUUAUCAGUGGAAGCCAAUGCCCCACACUGAUAUUGUGAACACAAUAAAGAAACAGAGCCCAAACACCAAGUCUGAGUUUGACACGCGGACCAGUGAGGUCGUUGUACAAAUGGCAGAGCAGGGCAUCAAUGCAGCAUUAUUUUAUGAAAAUAAAAAUGUGAGGGAAUAUGUCUCUUUGGUGCCCACCUCCGCCCACUCUGGAGAUGGAAUGGGCAACUUGAUUGCCAUACUUUGUGAGUUGGCCCAAACCAUGAUGGCCAAGAGACUGGCAUACAGUAAUGAACUGCAAGCCACUGUCAUGGAGGUGAAAGCCCUGCCUGGCCUGGGAACAACAAUUGAUGUGAUACUGGUCAACGGGAGCAUCCAUGAGGGUGAUCAGAUCAUAGUGCCGGGCACUGAGGGCCCCAUAGUCACCCAUAUACGGGGCCUACUGAUGCCUCAACCAAUGAAGGAGCUCCGAGUCAAGUCCAACUGGGAACAUCACAAGGAAGUGAAGGCAGCCCAGGGAGUAAAGAUCAUCGCCAAGGAGCUGGAGAAGUCCCUGGCCGGCCUCCCAAUGUAUGUGGCCAAAAGGGACGAUGAAGUGGAGUAUUACAAGGAGGAGCUGUCUACGGCCCUCAAAGAGGUGCUGAGUGGUAUCAAGCUGACGGAGAGGGGGGUCUUUGUACAGGCCUCCACCCUGGGAUCUCUGGAAGCCUUGCUGGAAUUCCUCCGCACUUCAAAAAUACCUUAUGCAGGCAUUAAUAUUGGUCCAGUGCACAAGAAGGACAUAAUGAAAGCAUCCAUUAUGUUGGAACAUGACAGUCAAUAUGCUGUGAUUCUGGCAUUUGAUGUGCGGGUAGAAAGGGAAGCUCAGGAAAUGGCGGACAGUUUAGGAGUGAAAAUCUUCACUGCUGACAUUAUUUACCAUCUGUUUGAUAAAUUCAUGGCAUUCAGAGAUGAACUUAAGAAAAAGAGACAGGAUGAGUUCAGACAUAUAGCAGUGUUUCCCUGCAAAAUCCGAGUCCUGCCUCAAUAUGUGUUUAAUUCUCGAGACCCCAUUGUGGUAGGUGUGUGUGUGGAAGCUGGAUUUGUAAAGGAAGGGACUCCACUCUGUGUCCCAAGCAAAGAGUUCAUAGAUAUUGGCCGAGUGGUGUCCGUAGAAAAUAAUCACAAAGCAGUGGAUAAAGCCACCAAAGGAAUGGAAGUCUGUAUCAAGAUCGACCCCAUCCCAGGAGAUGCACCCAAGAUGUUUGGUCGACACUUUGAUGAAACAGAUUUGUUAUAUAGUAAGAUCUCAAGACAGAGUAUUGAUGCAGUGAAAGAUCACUUCCGUGACGAAAUGACAAAACCGGACUGGCAACUUAUCAUGGAAAUGAAGAAACUCUUCCAGAUUUUAUGAAAAUCUCAGGAGGAAAAAAAAAGACAAAAACAAAAAAAAAGAAUCAAGCAAUUUUUUUUUAAGUUUGAGAAUAAAGUGCUACAGAAGACUGGAACCUUGUGGUCUAACCACCAGCUCUUAAUCAAACAAAAACAAGGAAACGAAAAAUCGGUCCAAGUUCACACAGGACUCAUUAACAUUAAUAUAAUUCUACACAUCUAUAUGUGUUAUUUGAGCUGUUUUACAAUGGUCAAUAUACUUUUAAUAGUAUAUCUGCAAUUUGAAAUUUGGCAUCACUUUAUCUUUGGCUCUAGAUUGUAUUGGGGUUUUUUUCAGCAUGGAGUCCAGAUAUAUCAGUCAUCCAUUCUCCAUAGUGGUACUGAUACAUGACUUAACAAUUUGAUUGAAAGUAAAUUGUUGUUAGACAGAUGUGAAGAAGUUUAUUUAUAUGUAAUAAAAUUAAGAUCUGCAAA